ACAUUAUUUUUUUUUUUUGUUAUUGUUUGUUAUUUAUUUAAUAUCCAAUGCAGGCGAGAUUUGCACGAAAACCCGGCACUGGCAUGCAGUUGGAAAAAUGCAUUCGAACAAGACAGGACGUAUAUUCCUGGCUGCCAUAGCGGCAAAUUUGUCAGCCUUUGCUGUGGGCACCUGUUUGGGCUGGACUUCCCCUGUUGGAGCCGUACUUAAGUCAUCGGAUACUUCAAAUUCGCCGUUGGAUUAUCAAAUCGACGCCAAUGAGGAUGCCUGGAUUUCAUCGAUAUUAGCAUUGGGCGCCUUAGUUGCCCCCUUUAUUGCCGGCCCUCUGGCAGACAAAAUUGGUCGCAAAUGGUCUUUGAUCUGCAGUUCCAUAUUUCUGGUCAUAGCCUUUGUUAUGAUGAUGUUGGCCCAUCGUGUCUGGCUUUUGCUGGUGGGACGUUUCCUACAAGGUUUUGGGGCAGGAUUUGUAAUGACCAUCACUCCCAUGUAUGUGGGUGAAAUUUCCACAGAUGAUGUGCGUGGAGCCACCGGUUCCUUAAUGCAAUUGUUUCUAGUGGCUGGUAUACUAUAUGUCUAUGCCAUUGGUCCAUAUGUCUCCUAUCAGGCCCUGCAAUGGUGUUGCCUUAUCAUACCGCUUCUUUUCGACGCGAUAUUCUUUUUUAUGCCCGAAAGUCCAUAUUAUUUGGCCGGCAAGGGACGCAAGGUGGAGGCCCUGAAAUCCUUGAAAUUCCUUCGCGGCCAAGCCACCGCAGACAAUGUUAAGGAGGAAAUGUGUGGCAUACAAAAAGUCGUCGAGGAAUCCAUGUCGAACAAGGCUUCUUUUAAGGAUCUUUUCACAAAUACUGGCAAUCGUAAGGCCCUAAUUAUUACAGCAGGCUUGGUGGCCUUUCAACAGUUGUCGGGCAUAAAUGUCGUACUCUUUAAUGCCCAGUCGAUAUUCGAAAGUGCGGGUACCGAUUUGGAUCCUGCCAUUGCCACCAUAAUCAUUGGUGCCGUACAGGUUAUUUCGUCUGGACUUACACCCAUACUGGCAGAUAGUUUGGGUCGCAAAAUAAUACUACUCAUUUCGGCGGCUGGCAUGUGUAUGGGCCUGACGGCUUUGGGUGCCUUCUUCUAUAUGCAAUUGGUGGUUGGGGAUAUAUCCCAGGUCCUCUGGCUCCCGGUGCCGGCUUUGGUGAUUUACAACAUUGUUUAUUGCAUUGGCUUUGGUCCCCUGCCAUGGGCAGUGGCCGGCGAGAUGUUUCCACCCAAUGUUAAAUCAAAAGCAGCUUCCAUUGGUACAUCCACAUGUUGGACAUUGGGAUUUCUGGUAGCCUAUUCAUAUCCGGCGCUGGCCCAGUUGGGGUCCUAUUAUGCUUUUUGGUUAUUUGCCGUGUUCUGUGCCAUCGCUUUUGCCUUUACAUUGUUUGUGGUAAUGGAAACGGAAGGAUUGAGUCUGCAAGAAAUUCAGAAUAGAUUGAAUGGGCGUAGUAGCGGUGAGCCAGUGGAACAGUGAAUAUGGGUG